CCGCCCGCUGCCGUUAGUCUGUCCGCGGACAUGGCGCUGUCGGUGCCGGUGCUGGUGCUGCUGCCCGUCCUCCUCGCCGGGCUCCUCUCGACUCCCGGCGCCGUUGCCAGCGUCCCGCCCGCCUGCUACAAGUAUGGUGGUGUGCCUGGAUGCCCAAAGGACUACAAUCCAGUUUGUGGGACCAAUGGAAAGACCUACUCGAAUGAGUGUGUGCUCUGCUUUUCGAACAGUGAAAAUAAAAAGAAUGUCCAAAUUUUCAAGAUGGGAAGAUGCUGAUAUGGCAGACGGCCACUUUUCAAGAAAAUGAGAGAGGGACACAGGCAGUCCAAAUGGAAACAAUGCCUUAAAUGUACCUUCUGUUUAGCCUGUCUUAAUGAAUAAACUUGCUGGUUUAAACAAAA